AUUUUCUGUCUGCGCAAACACACGUGAGGCUUCUGGUAAAAAAACUGUUUUAGUGUUACUCAACAAUCUUUACAUCUUUAACAGAAUCAGCGUUUGUUGAUGGUGUCUUAUAAAAAUGGAGAUUACAGAAGAAAAUUUGACAGCUCUGGCUGGUUACCUACAGCAAACACUCACUCCAGACUUGACCAUUCGAAGACAAGCUGAGGCAUUCCUGGAGUCUGUGGAAGCCAAUCAGAACUACCCACUGUUACUGUUACAACUGAUGGAUAAAGAUACCGUGGAGGCUCACAUCAGAGUUAGUGCUGCCAUCACCUUUAAGAACUAUGUGAAGAGAAACUGGAAAAUUCAUGAAGACAGCCAUGAUAAAGUACAUGUGAACGACAGGACUGCCAUCAAACAGCUGAUUGUAGGACUGAUGUUGAAGAGUCCUGAGCAGGUUCAGAAACAGUUAAGUGAUGCUAUCAGCAUCAUCGGGAAGGAAGAUUUUCCGGACAAAUGGCCAGAUUUGAUCUUCCAGAUGGUCAGUAAGUUUGACAGUGGAGAUUUCCACAUCAUCAACGGAGUCCUCAGAACUGCCCAUUCACUGUUUAAAAGGUAUCGACACGAGUUCAAAUCUCAGGAGCUUUGGACAGAGAUCAAAUUUGUGCUUGACAACUUUGCGGCUCCGUUCACAAACUUAUUCAAUGCCACCAUGGAUUUAGCAAAGACCCAUGCCUCUAACCCUGACGCCCUCAAGGUCAUCUUCAGUUCAAUUGUGCUGAUCUGUAAGAUAUUCUACAGCCUUAAUUUUCAGGAUUUACCCGAGCACUUUGAGGACAACAUGGGAACGUGGAUGGCUCACUUCAUGACACUCCUGGAGGCAGAUCACAAGAUUCUCCAAACUCAAGAUGAGGAGGAGGCGGGGUUACUGGAGCAGGUGAAAUCACAGAUCUGUGAUAAUGUGGCGUUGUACGCUCAGAAAUACGACGAGGAAUUCUCACCUCAUCUGCCAGGGUUUGUGAAGGCGAUCUGGUCACUGCUGGUCUCCACUGGUCAGCAAGUCAAGUAUGAUCUGCUGGUGAGUAAUGCCAUCCAGUUUCUGGCCUCGGUGGCUGACCGCCCGUCCUACAAGAGCCUGUUCGAGGACCCAAACACCUUGGCCAGCAUCUGUGAGAAAGUCAUCGUCCCUAACAUGCAGUUUAGAGUGGCUGAUGAGGAGCUGUUUGAGGACAAUCCUGAGGAGUACAUCAGACGAGAUAUAGAGGGAUCAGACAUUGAUACCAGGCGACGGUCUGCCUGUGACUUGGUCCAUUCUCUCUGUAAAUCAUUUGAGGGUCCGGUGAUACAGAACUUCUCACAGUAUGUCCAGGCUCUUUUAGAGGAAUUUUCAAAGGACCCUGUAAGCAACUGGAAGAGUAAAGAUGUGGCCAUCUACCUGGUGACGUCAUUAGCAGCCAAAGCUCAGACACAAAAGCAUGGAGUCACGCAGAGCAGUUCAUUAGUGAACGUGGAGGAGUUUUAUGCCAAUCAAAUAUCACCUCAUCUACAGAAUUCAAAUGUUGAUGAUCAGCCGGUGCUGACAGCAGAUGCCCUCAAAUAUUUAAUGGUCUUUAGAAAUCAGCUGCCAAAGGAGGUGAUUUGUCACAGCGUCCCUCAUCUGGUCCGUAUCCUGAGAGCUAAGAGCCCUGUGGUGCACACCUACGCUGCUCACACCAUAGAGAGGAUCUUCACAAUCAAGACACCACAGGGAGGAGCCGCUAUCACAGUAACAGACGUUCAAGCCAGUGUUCAUGAUCUGGUAGCUAAUCUGUUUGGGGCCAUGCAGCAUCCGGGGUCUGGGGAGAACGAGUACAUCAUGAAGGCCAUCAUGAGGAGUCUAUCCAUGAUGCAGGAGCAUAUAAUCCCCAUGGUGGACGAACUGCUAAAGUAUCUCACCCAGAAGCUUCAGGAUGUCAGUAAGAACCCGAGCAAGCCGCACUUCAACCACUACCUGUUUGAGUCACUGUGUAUCUGUAUUCGGGCCACGUGUAAGGCCCAGCCCGCAGCAGUCACCAGGUUUGAGGAGGCCCUGUUCCCAUCCUUCACUGGUAUACUCAAGCUAGACGUUCAAGAAUUCCUGCCUUAUGUCUUUCAAAUCCUGUCAAUACUGAUUGAGCUACACCAGGGGACAUUGUCGGCCACCUACAUGGAGUUAUUCCCCUUUCUUCUGAACCCUGUCCUGUGGGAGAGACCGGGUAACAUCCCACCCCUGGUGCGGCUGUUACAGGCUUACAUCCAGCAGGGGUCUGCCCAGAUAGACACUGAGAAGUUGAAAGGUGUCUUGGGAGUGUUUCAGAAGCUGAUAGCAUCAAAGACACACGACCAUGAAGGCUUUUAUCUUCUGAAUUCCAUCAUUGAGUUUGUUCCCUCUGCGGUGGUCACAGAUUUUCUGAAGCAAAUCUUCGUUUUACUGUUCCAAAGAUUACAGAGCUCAAAAACAACAAAAUUCAUAAAAAGUUUACUGGUUUUCUUCUCGCUUUAUGCCAUCAAAUUUGGUGCAGGAAAUCUCGUGGAAACAAUAGACGCAAUCCAAGCCAAGAUGUUUGGCAUGGUAGUGGAGAAGCUUUACCUGGCAGAUCUACAGAAAGUCUCCGGGCACAUAGAGAAAAAGAUUUGCGCCGUGGGGGUGACCAAAAUCCUGACAGAAACACCCAUCUUCUUACAGAAUUACGAACCAUUGUGGAUACAGCUGUUAGAGGCUCUGAUCAAACUGUUUGAGUUACCGGAGGAUGAGACUGUGCCUGAUGAUGAACACUUCAUAGAGAUAGAGGACACACCAGGCUACCAAACCGCGUAUUCACAGUUGGCUUUUGCGGGUAAGAAGGCUCAUGACCCAGUAGGGGAGACAGUGGACCCUAAACUGCUGCUCGCUAAAAACCUGGAGAAAUUUUCAGCAACAUGUCCGGGAAAGCUGAAGCCAUUAAUGGCUGCGGGACUGUCUACUGAGGCACAGAGCUUCUUACAUAAUUAUCUCCAGGCGGCACAGGUCAACCUAGCAUGAGGGGAGGUAUCUACACUGGGUGAAUCAGCUUCCAGCUUCCUAUCAGGCUGAGUCAUUUGGAGUACAGGGUGCAAUCAAAGAUGUGUCUGUUAGAGUUAUUGGCCUUGAUAAGGAACUCUUCAUUGCUAUAACACAAAACAGCUGAACAAAGGACUGAGCAAUUUUAAAAACACCUGUUGUUCCUGCCAACAUCUUGUGUUCAAAUUCAAAUCAGAGAGAUCCAAAAUGUGGGUCUUACUAGCGCUUUUUCUGCCACACAGCAGCGUUUGCCCUGUUUGGAAGAAUUUCACAAAGAGAGGACAUACCAGUAUCGAAUUCUGAAGAGAAAGGAAAAA